GACAACUGGUUCCAUUAGCAUCACGCCCAACGUCAUUUGGCAGCGCAAGCAAGCGUGUGUAUUUGUUUCCAGUUUCCCUCAAAACGUGUGUAAUGUGGUUUUGAGAAACUGAUUAUCACGCUGAAUUUGGACAAGAUCCUGCUUGCUGUAAGAUUGCAGUGUCAACCGUGGUUGGCCGUUUGGGGAAGGUCUGUUCUGAAGAUGCCAAAACGAGGGAAGAAAGAUGUGGGAGUGGCUGAUCCCAAGCAAGAGGGUGCAGAGCCUGAAAAGAAGAGGGCCAAAAAGAGUGGAAGUAAAAAAGCUGACCAGGAAACAGAUGGACCAAUUAUGUACAGUGACCACCCUGAGAAGCAGACCUCUGCCAAGGGGAAGAAAUGGAACCUUAAAGUCACUUCUUGGAAUGUGGAUGGAAUCAGAGCUUGGGUUAAAAAGAAUGGCCUUGAGUGGGUCCGUGAGGAGAGCCCAGACAUCUUGUGCUUGCAGGAGACUAAGUGUGGAGAGUCUGCUCUUCCAGCUGAAGUAAAGGACAUGCCAGAGUAUCCAAAUAAGUAUUGGGCAUGCUCUGAUGAGAAGGAAGGCUACAGUGGUGUAGCUAUGCUUUCCAAGAAGAAGCCCAUCAAGGUUACAUAUGGCAUUGGAGUGGAGGAGCAUGAUAAAGAAGGAAGAGUGAUCACAGCUGAGUUUGACAAAUUCUUCCUUGUAGCAGCUUAUGUACCUAACUCUGGUCGCGGGUUGGUACGACUGGAGUACAGGCAGAAGUGGGAUGUGGAUUUCCGGGCCUACCUGAAGUCUCUAGACAAGAAGAAACCUCUUAUCCUUUGUGGAGACCUGAAUGUGGCCCACAAGGAAAUUGACCUGAAGAACCCUAAAACCAACAAGAAGACAGCUGGCUUUACUGUUGAGGAGCGUGAAGGCUUCACAAGCCUACUGGAAGAAGGCUUUGCAGAUAGCUUCCGACACCUGUAUCCUGAUACCCAGUAUGCCUACACCUUUUGGACCUAUAUGAUGAAUGCUCGGGGCAAGAAUGUGGGCUGGCGUCUUGAUUACUUUGUACUUUCCGAUGCUCUUUUAGAUAACCUGUGUGAUAGCAAGAUCCGGUCUAAAGUCAUGGGUAGCGAUCAUUGCCCCAUUACCUUGUUAUUAGCAGUGUAAGGAUUCCUGGAUGCUGGAAAGGUGUACCAGAAAACUGAUCUUUCACAGUUACCUUUGAGUAUAAAUUGAAACCAGACAGGCUGCAAAAUCAUAGUAGUUUGCCAUGUUUUUGCUCAUAGACAUAAGCUUGUCAAGAAAGCAUAACAUACACUGUUGGCAUCUUUUGUGUAACCAUUCAAGCUAAGGGAAAUGUACCUGCACAUUGUGUGUAUGUGGCCCACAGGAUCACCCCAUUGGCUCCCCCUUCAUGCACCUUGUUGGCCCAUAAAAUUCCUUUGUUGUAGCUACAGACCCACAGACUGUUUAUUCUUUGGCAGGAAAGUCUAUUCAUCCUAUUUGUUCCAUUUUUGAAGGUGAGAGUUUGGUGCUAGGGAGCAGGCUCCCCUCCCCAUCAGUGGAUUUCUUCCUUCAGAAGUACUUCAUUUCAGGAGGCAUGUACCAUCUGCUAUACCUGUCCACUCCUCCUCCCUAAGCAACACACUGUGGAACAGCUUUUGACAUGAUAGGCUGCUUUUGUUGCCAACAAUGCACUUAGGUGUCACCAGUGCAGCAUGCCAGACUACCUGCCUUUUUCCAAGAUGGCUGCAGUAGUAUUGACUACACACUCCUGUUCUCCUACCUUGAACCUGUAGCUCUUGUGCUGCUAAUGGAACACCAGUUGUCUGAAGAGCAGGCAGAGUUAGUGUUUCAGGUACACCCAUUCCUGUGAUUUAAACAGGAAAUGUUAAUAUAUCUGUGGUGUGGAUGUGUUUCUUCCUUUGAGGGAAGGUUGAACUGAAGUUUGUAAUCAAAAUGGUUGACUGAGUUGUAAGUCAUUGGGUUUUAACCCCGUCUCUUAUACUCUGUAACCAUUCCAUUUCUUUUGGGGAAGGUAGCAGCAUGUUCUGCAGUGAACAUUAAAGGCAGCAGUGCAGGGACAGUUGUAUUUGUAGGCUUAUAGUGCCUUUUCCAUCCUCAUGUAGAAUAAAAAGUUCAGUGAUGACAUUGUGCCUGUAUGCCAGAAUCUGAUAGAAUCUGGUUGUCAGAUUUAAAACAUGGAACACAAGUAGUUUUUUUUAUGAUUUUAGUUUACCUUUUUGAAUGUGUACUUUAAUAUUUUUUCUUUUUACCUGUCCUACCAAGUGUGAUUUCAAGUCUGUAGUAUGUGUCCAUAAGCUGACAGUCCUGCUUUCCUUUGAAAUUUGUUUGUCCUUAUGGUGUAUUGCUACCUGCAGUUGGUAGGUAUAAGAAGGUAAAUAGUGGGCAGUGGUGGCAAACUAUCCUAGUUUUUAUGCAUUAUGAGGUGUUCUGUUUUUGGAUUUUGAUCUGAUUUAUGGUUUAUAACUGAAUAAUUUGUAGCGCUAGAUAUUUGUGCAGAAUAUGUCAAGUUUAUUACCCAGAUUCCUCUCUAGCACAGUUCUUAUGUUCGUCACACCGAUGCUUUGAACAGUUUCUGAAAUGAAAGUUUUGCUCAGCCUAACUAGAGAGAAUAUGUUGGAUGUAAGAAAAGCCAUUUGUCAUGAAGGCAUUAUUUUGGUUUAAAGUUAUGAGCCACCCCAGCAAGAUGUCUUUUGCUGUUCUGCUAGUUUUCUAGCAAUGCAUGAUGGGCUGUGUUACUAACAGAUACAAACUGCUGUCUCCUGACUAGUUAUAGCCACUGUACAGAGCUCUGUGCCUUAGUUGUAUAGGUGGCUUAUAGUGGUUCUGCAUCCCUGCUAGUAAAGGGUGCUGCUAGCCUUUGUUUACAAGUGUAAGUUUUAACUACUUUUUUAAUGAGCUAUGUUUAGUUUACUGAUUGUAUAUUUGCAAGGUGGUGCCAUGUUACCUGUAAAGCAGAGAACUGCUCUGAAUAAAUUUUAUACAUGUAUACUUGAA